CCAUUCUGCAAUUGUGUGGAAUUAUUCCGUUCCAUUGUGUUCGUUGCGCCAUUGCCGGCCGCUUAUUAAAUCCAGCAAUUGAUCCAUUGCCAACUACAAUCAAUUCCAGAACAUUUGUAACCACUCAGCCAGUAAAAAUGGCCGAAGCAACUGGUUUGAGCAACGAGGAGGCGGCGGAAUUAUGCAAGCCCACAGAUGCUGCUACUAAGGACUUCCUCUUCCAACAAACAAUGUAUCGCAUCAAAGAUCCUCGAAAAUCGCUACCUUUCUACACCGGUGUGCUGGGUAUGUCAUUACUGGUGAAGUUGGAUUUUCCUGAAGCCAAAUUUUCGCUUUAUUUUAUGGGCUACGAAAAUCCCGAAGAU